AUGGCGGCGGCCUCGUAUCUGUUUCGUGUUCUUUCUGAACCAACCGGAGUGGAACGUCAGAGCUGGGAGAAGUGGUAUUGCUCAGAAAACAUACCCAGUUUGGUCAACGCAAAGGCGGUUGCAAGGGCAGGAUUGUAUGAGGCGUUCGACGACUAUCCGCUUACUACGAAAACGCCGAAUGUAGUGAGCCAGACGAGUCUCCACGAUGUCACGGUUACGCAUACCGACAUUGAGCCGCCGACCGAGAAGACGUUCCUUGCCAUGUGUCAGGUCGAGGAUCCCACAUUAGCGAAGGAACAACAUCUACAGAACAUCGAUCAGUCGACAGAAUCUCUGGGAGGGAAAUCUCCGAAGACUUGUGCCGUUUGGGAUUCUCGAGUCUACAAGCUCAUCCAAGACUUUGACCCGAAAAGCAUUGGACACACGCCUGCGCCAUUCAUUCUUAAUGUUCAAAUGGAGCCAGCAGAUGAUGACGACUACAACACGUUUUAUCGGGACGAACACUUGUACAUGCUCUCACGAGUUCCGGGUUAUCGACGAUCGCAACGCUACCAACUCGUGUCUUCGGAUAAUAUAAGCCUGCCAGCGGUUCCCAGAUUCAUGGCAGUCCAUGAAUUCGAGACGCUGGAUCAUCUGGACGGGCCUGAACUCAGAGAAGCGGAUGCUAGCCCAAACACUCAUCGGGUCAUUGGCAAUUCCAAAGCGACGAGUGUUCGGGGAUUCAAACUUGUGAAGGUAUUUGGAGAUAUGAGCGAAUAG